AUGAUAAAAUAUCUUCUCAUAUUCUUCUUCCUUUUACUACAGUAGAUCUCAGUAUCCUCAAUAAAAAGCCCUCAGCACAGACUCAUAUAAAAUAAGAUCGCUACCUAAGUAUAAGCUUAGAAUCGUAACCAGUAACAAUCGAAAUAAGCUGCUUCCUUGUAAAAGAUUUUUGACUCAAUAGAAAACAUAUCUUCAGCACUAUCUUAAAUGUCAAAAGUGAACAUGACUUUUUCAGAAAUGAUAAAGGCAAAUGUUACCACAGAUUUAAUGGCUGGUAAUCCAGAGAACAUUAAGACCCUAACUUAACUAAUCUAAAAACUUUUCAAUGAGACAGUUGCUAAUGGGUAUGAUUUUUACUUCAAUAAUACUUUUGCUGAUGAGCAAACCUUGAAUAAAACCUUAGGGAUUCUUAGCUCACUGUAAGAUCAAGUAAACUUCAUUUAAAUGAUGGCAUAAGUAAAAUUCGGCAAUACUGCUUCAUAAAUCAAGGAUUAUAAUUGCAGGAAUAAUCUUAUUUCGGCUCAAUCAAAUAUAGCCAAUACCUACAAACUUUUUUUGGCUGCUUAUGGAAGAGGAAUGCAAACUUAAGAAUACUAGCUAUAUCAAAAAGCAAUGAAAGAUAGUAAUAGUCUUGCUGGUUACUCAUCAUUCCUUGUAGAUAGUUUAUCCAAUAAAAGCUCUUACUGUAGAAUAUUUGAUAUUCUUUAAAGUGGGACCGUUUCAAAUUCAUUUGUCGGUUUACCAGUAAUGCUGAAUAUGGCUAAUUCAUACUUACUCAUUGCAAAUUAAGCAUUUAUCAUGCAAAUAACUUAUAUCAACUCUAAUUAUGUUGACAUUACAAGAUCAGAUCUAAGAGUAAAUUACUCUGCUUCAUUAUAAAUGAAAAGUUACUAAGUACCCUAUUGUAAUGCCUACCUAUAUUGGAAUAUUAUUUAAGACUGGUAAAACAUGACAAAAGUUAAUAUAGUAAAUCUCUUCAAUAAGUAAGUAUAACUAAUAAAUAGUACAGAGUUUGCAGGUAAAGUCAUGGAUGCUAUGGCUUUGAUUAAGCCAGGGUUUUACGUGGAUGUUCAUCUUUUCUCAGAUAAUACUGCAAAAACCUAUCCAGAUGGUUAAGGCAAAAAAAGAAUUUCAUUUUUCUCGGCAACUUAAAUCAACAAUCGUCAAGAAUAGAGACAAUAUUACUUUGCUAUCACAAUCGCUCCUAAAGAUGAUUAUAAGAACUAUACUGCAAUACUUGAAUCCAAAUUUUCAAAUUUCCGUGAAUAUCUCAAUAAUAACUAAUAAACAUCUACUCGCACCAUGAAUUCUGGAGCCUUGAGAACAGUGAAUGCUGAUUGCUAAUUAGAUGGAGCAUUGGUUUUCUGGAACUGGAGUGGCUAUUAUCCUACCGUAUUUGAAUACCCUCUUAAAACUGAAUCCAAAAACAGAUAUAAUUACUUGAAUGGUAGAAUGGCCUGUGAGCAUUAAGAUGGCUUCGGUUUUUGCAUCUUUGUGUGA